CUCUACGCAACUCAUGAAAACCCCCUAAAGCGAUAUAGUUACACCGCGCAUGCGUAGUUCUACCUGCGCAUGCGCAACGCAGCUAGCUGAGGCAGGGACGGGGCAGUUACCGUGUUCCUGACACAUUUUGAAAGCGCAUGAGCAACAUUGUAACCAAGUUCGAGCUGAAGAAGCUGAAGUGAAACUGGAUUGUUGUUUUAUUUUUCCCCCCUCUCUCCUUGGCUUUGAGUCCUUGUUGUAUCGCAGGGAGUGAGUUGUUGGAUAUGAGUGCGGCGUGUAAUUAUGUAGCAGCAACUAAGUAACGGCGGUUGAAGGGGAAACGGCGGUGGAAUGAGAAGUUCUCGGCGGUGACGGUGGAAUGUCGCAGAGCUCCGGAGCUCCGCAGCCGACCCCCGGUCCGCCUUCCUCCUUCUCCUUCUGCUCCUCUCUGGCCGGCCUCGAGGCCCCGGCGGCGGGAUGCAGCACCGUCCUGAUGUCGGUCCGAGUCUCCGCGAGUCACUCCGGGAUCCGGCCGCUGUGUCUGCCCGGCUGCGGGGACGAAGCUCUGCGGCUGCAGCUCAGCAUGGACCCGGGCAAGGCGGGGGAAUUCCGGCUGGCUCUCAGACACGGCAGCGGAACUAACGCGUGCAUUGCCGAUUUCGACCUCAGGACGUUGCGCUAUGAAGUCAAGACACCACGGAGUCAUGACCUGGUCUUGAUCGCUCCCCCUUACGACCGCAUCACCUUCAACUUCCACAGCGAGCAGGAAGCCCAAGCCUGGGCCACUGUGGUGAUGUCAUCGCUCCGCGAGGCUCGUCGGGUGGCCAUUGGCUGUUCUGUAGAGGUUGAUGGACAGCUGCUGCCCCAGCCCCUGGUUGUACAAAUGCCUUCCUCCCUGUCCAGCACGGAGGAGCUGUGUAUGGAGCUGGUGAGGGCUAUAGAGGCCGGUGAUGUUCAGGGGGCGUCUGUGUGUGCGGAGUCUCUGGCUCGUCAGCACACUCCGCUGUGCAUCCAGCCAGAUCACAAACACUACACCAACACCAACAAGGAGAUCAGUUUAUCGGUGGUGUUAGAGGACGCUUCCUCUUCCUGCUGUGUCAUGGUGAAAGUCUUCCCCCACACCACAGUUGCUGCUCUUAAACAACAGGUGUUUGUGCAGUACGGCUUCCAUCCGCACGUCCAGCGCUGGGUUAUCGGUCAGUGUCUGUGCUCUGACUCACGCUCUCUGGCGUCCUACGGCGUGCAGCAGGACGGAGACACCGCCUUCCUGUACCUUGUGUCCCGGCAGAGGCAGCAGGACCAGGAGAACUUCCCACUCGCUCCCACGUCCUCCCCCGGGGACUUGCAGUCUGUCGGCACCGGGCCGGAGGGAACACUGAGAGCCUAUAACACACUGCCCACCAGACUGCACCCGCAGCACAACACCACCGGCAGUCGGAGUUUGGCCGGGACAGAGAGGUUGGGUCUGGGUGAAAUCCGAGAGCUCAUUAACCUGGAGAUGCCGCAGCUGAACGAAGCACUCUUGCCCAGCGGAACUAACACACAGCUGGGAUGGGCGUGUCCGUCCUGUACGUACAUUAACAAGCCGACGCGUCCCGGCUGUGAGAUGUGCAGUACAGACAGACCCGAGAGUUACACGGUGCCUGGGGGCUACAGACCCGACACACUGGAACUGAGACGCAUCCAACAGGAGAAAGAAGCCAUUAGGCAGUACCAGCAGGCAAAGGAGGCAGAGCGGAGGGAGAACUAUGCUCGGCUGGUGGAGGUGGACUGUCAGGAGUUGGUGCCGAAUGCAGAGAGCAUCGAAUGCAAGAUUUGUUACUUACAGCUGCAGUCAGGAGAGGGAGUCCUGCUGCGGGAGUGUCUUCACUGCUUUUGCAGAGAAUGUCUGCGUUCAGUAAUCCUGCUUUCAGAGGAUCCUCAGGUGGCGUGUCCCUACAGAGACGAGGCGUACGCAUGUGACUGCACACUGCAGGAGAGAGAGAUCCGAGCUCUGCUUUCAGGCGAGGAGUAUGAGCGCUGGCUGCAGCGGGGGCUCUCAGUGGCCGAGUCGCGAUGUGAAGGCAGUUAUCAUUGUGCCACGACCGACUGUCCAGGCUGGUGUGUGUAUGAAGACACCGUCAACACGUUCCACUGCCCUGUCUGCAAAAAGCACAACUGUCUGCUCUGCAAGGCAAUUCAUGAAGGAAUGAAUUGUAAGCAGUACCAGGACGAUCUCGCUGCUCGUGCCAUUAAUGACAUCGCAGCCCGGAGAACGAGGGACCUCCUGAAGACUCUGGUGAAGUCCGGCGAGGCGAUGCACUGUCCUCAGUGUGGAAUAAUAGUGCAGAAGAAGGAAGGCUGUGAUUGGCUACGCUGCACUGUGUGUCACACAGAGAUCUGCUGGGUCACCAGAGGGCCACGCUGGGGUCCUGCGGGUCCUGGAGACACGAGUGGAGGCUGCCGCUGUAAUGUGAAUAAACAGAGAUGCCACCCAAAAUGUCAGAACUGCCACUGAGCGGAAGAGAGAGAUGAAUGACUGAAAGUAAAACCAAAGCAUUUUAUUUUAACUUAACAGAAUCUUGAUUAAGAUCAAGUUAAUAAUACUGGACAAUAUGCACUUUUAUGUCUUACUCCCAGCAGCAACAUUACAAAGGUGAAAUGUUAACAUACACAUGUGCCUUAUUUUAACAGUUCUGUUAUAAACCUAGCUGUUUUUUCAGGGUGCUACAUUUUCACAUAUAUUUUUAUAGAUCCAGGUUAACCCCUGUGUAUUUAACUGUUUUUCUUAAUUAAGUAGAAAUACCUUAGAAUGUAAUAUAAUACCGAGAUAAAACACCAAAGUCUAGUUUUAAAUGUAGACAUUACAAAAGCAUGUACACAGAGAGAGUUACAGUUACUCUUUAGUGCCUUAUGUUGCAGCUUUUGUCUAGAAUGAAAACCUUCUUGUAUGACCUUUAUAUAAUUUAUUAUAGAUUUCAAGCUACCACUGACCUGAAGAAAACAAUAAACAUUUCCAUA